UGGCUAUCAGCUUGGACAUUUCACUCUUGUUUGCCACUCGGAGAAGUACGUCGUCGAGCUGAGCUCUUCUAUCUCUCCGAAUGUCUCAAGAUAGCGGCUGCGCCGCGGGCAGUCGCCGGCUUAAAAAAGCAUGGCGAGGAUCCCCCACGGCAUACUAGUCUGGGCACUAGCCCUGGGGCUGCUGGCCGCCUGUUGGGCGAGGGGCCCACGCAGGCCCGCCAGCCAAGCCUUCCAGAGAGCCACGCAGCACGAGCAGCAUGUCUGGCGUGAAGGAUCGUGCCGACAGCCACAGCCACGAGUUCUCUGCAUCAAGGACCUCCAGCCCAACGAUACUAGGAAGUUCCUGCCGCACUGUGCGAUCCUGCAUCGAUGUGCUCCAGAUACCGGGUGCUGCUCCACAGAGGAUCACCACUGUCAGGCCAAAACAAUACAAGCGGUGCGACUCCACUUCGUCGCAAUCCUCAUGGGACCUGAAGGAGAUACACGUUAUGAGCCUCAAGACUUCAUCUUCGACAACCACACUGAAUGCGAGUGUAGGCUCAAGAACGAACCCAUCCGCUAAGUGGAUCAACCUCAGAACAUCCAGGACGUCAACGCUACACUCACAAUUAUGUAUCACAACGACACAACUACGAAGCUUGGGACCAGUGCAGCGUACGGACAAGGCUAGGACAAGUCACUGUGUACCUAGGAAAGUCUUGCACUUGUGAAACUUCUGUGAAACUCCGACUGUGUCUGCGUUGAAAAAUAGCGGGCGUUGCCCAGCGCAGCUGCCAAAAGACAUGCUCCCAUCGAGAGCCUACUUUAGAUGCGGGAGUCCCCGUUGGCGUUUUCAUCGAAGCCAGUGCGCAUGCCUUUCCGUGCAGUGCGAGUUUUACAAAAUUUAAUGCUACCGCCGCACUCUGCCGGAACGACGUCAUGGAGCCCUUAUUGCAUCCAGGAUCUAUCAAAAGAGUUAUGCAGAAAUUUUGUACUGUCAAAAUUUACAAUGUACCUCAAAGCAAUGUGUCAAUGUCUACAAGAAACAUGUCCGUCUCGUCAUAAAAAAAAGAAGAAGAAAUAUUUCAUUACGCUAUAAGUGCGUACGUCUAGGGGUAGACGCUUCACCGACCUUUUGUAGGGAGCAUUUCGUUUCCAUACUACAAACUGAACACUCCGAAAACGUGGAAGACUACUGGCUGCAGAUAUCACACGUCUGCAGACGAACAUCUUCCUCUAGCGACCAACCAGGACGUAGACGGACUUCGGUAACAUUGUAAAAUUCGGCGAUACUCUGUUUUCUUGUACCAUGGUGCCACGAUCAAAUGAUUGAUUCGUAUUUAUUUUAUUUAUUGUAGUUUUCUUAAUCCACACGAGUCUAGAUCUGAUAUACAAAGCACGAGUCGAAUGCCUGCAGCAAUGUAAGAUGGGCGAAUCGAGCGAUCUUCUGACCCAUCAUUUCGUGUACAGCUCUUUGUAAAUAAACAUAUGCAACAUAUGGUA